AUGCAGCAGAGGGGCGGGGAGUUGUUGGAGCAGCACAGCAGAGAUCCAACCUACCUACAUGCUUAUUGUGUAAAUCUUUAAAAAGCAAUUAGCCGCAGCAUCAUCUAAAACCUCACCCCCUCCCCACUUUGGUUGGGUGAAAUACAUUUUUUUUUGGGGGGGAAAGAAGUGUUUUCAGGCGGCUCAAGAAAAGCAGGCAUCAUCAUCACCCUCAACCAUGACUGACAGGAAAGCUGUGAUCAAGAACGCAGACAUGUCCGAGGACAUGCAGCAGGACGCGGUGGACUGUGCCACCCAGGCCAUGGAGAAGUACAACAUAGAGAAGGACAUCGCAGCCUACAUCAAGAAGGAGUUUGACAAGAAGUAUAACCCCACCUGGCACUGCAUCGUCGGGAGGAACUUCGGCAGCUACGUCACCCACGAGACAAAGCAUUUCAUUUACUUCUACUUGGGCCAAGUGGCCAUAUUGCUCUUCAAGUCUGGCUGAGAGGUUUCUGAUGGGUGUUGAGGAGUUUUUCUCCCUGAACCUAAAUCGGAAAUGCACUGGUGGCUGAUGUCUCCCAUACACUAAUAACGACAUACCAUAAUGAUGCAAAACCCGGCCGUGCGCAAUUGCAUGGACUAUACACUAUUUAAUAUGUAUGUUACAAUAAGUUUACUUUUCGAUAGUUGCCAUUUGAAUGCAACUGAAGUAGUUUUUGUUGAUGCUGUUUAAAUUCUAGGUUGUAAAAGAUUUCAACGUGGCCCUUGAUUGUAUAAUAAAGGAAAGCUGUAGAAUGUAGUGGUGCAUCUGCUUUCCUUCACAAGUGGCAUUGCCAGACCCAGUUAUGAGACUCCAUCUGUCGGUUUAGAAGGUAAAAUCAUACUGUGUGCACCAGUUUAACAAUACAUUAUCAAGAUUUUAACAUGUGGCCAAUUCAAAAGAAGUUGGUUAAUGGGGCAAAAUAAUCGAAUGAGUUACUUCACGGCCUCCUGUGGUCUCCGGGAGAACAUACAGCAUGAGUUCACUUUAUCACUGCUAUCUUACUUAAUUUAAAGCCAUUAUGUUGGCUUUAGAUGCAUAUACAAAACUAACGUUUUGGAUUUAAAAAUAGAAUCCCCAACAGAUGUGAAAUGUUAACAGCCGCUUUUCAGAAAAAGAUGUCACAACAUCCAACACACUUGACAUUUUGGAACCAACACACACCAGUGCAAGCAUUUCCAGGGACGUUUAGUUUGUCAGCUCUUAAAUUUACACUGUGAAGGACGAUAGAGCAAAUAAAGCUCACACACACAGACCUUCGCCUGUAAUGUCCGAAUAAUAACACUACAGACUGGUUACCAAAAUCUCCCAACUCACCUACCUAGAUUUCAGUCUUAAAAUCUUGUGUUUCUGCAUGUUUGGAGGUUAAUCAUUUCCGAAAGCUCAUCUUGAAGCUAAAUCAUUUAUUUAACUUUCACUUUUGAGUAUGUAGAUAUUGGACUGAGCCAAUGUGUGUCUUGUCCCAGUAAUUGCUAUAAUGCAGGUUCGGAAGGUGAUUUAGAUUUAAAAAAAAAAAACCCAUCUGCAGUCAACUCUACCAAGGCUACCAACACCCCUGUGUUUCAGAUGGUUGUGUCGUGUUGUGUGGCUUGUGAUACCUUCAAGUUGCAUUACCCCCAACCUUUAUUUUUUGCAUUGCCAGCGUACUGCCAGACACGCAGGAAAGACAAAGCAUUUGGUGGAGUUGGGACUUCUUAAAGCAACUGCAAGCAGGUGUAUCUCUUGUCUAGCGCAUUGAUUAAGGGUUUUCAUUUCGUCAUGUCAAUAUAAUUAGUUUGAAAUGGCAAUGCACAAUGUUUGGAUUCUGAUGAAAUGUGUUCUUUGGUGAGACAGAUUGGAGGGAUUUAAUCUGUGUAGUUGGAUAACACCACACAUUUCUCGUUGUGCGUAAAGACUGAAUGUUUACUCAGUUUUUCCCUCCCAUAAUCCAACAAUGGGUGAAAUGUGUAUCUCUCAAGUGUUAGUUUGGAUAGACAUUGUUUUCAUGGGGAAGUCUUCCUGAUUACUGUCAAUGUAAACUGAUUUAGUAUUGUUUUCCUCUGGCAUGCAUUUUUGCUGUGUAUAUGUAGGAGCCGUUCCGAUGCUGUUAAAUUUGCACAAAACGUGUGCCUGUCAUUGCUCUCAACUGUAACCGGCUUGAGUACAAUUGCACUUCAUUAGAGUUAUCCAGUAGGUUGCUACAGAACCAAAAUCGUAUAAACACGAUAAAAUAAAAAUUAAUUGUUGACUUAUUA